CCUCCCACUGCAAACUCUGGUUGUGCAACCGCUGUGUGAGUGGGGUGACCGUGCCUGUGCGAGGGGAGCUGCUUGCUCUGCCCUGCUUCUGCCAAAGAGCUGUGUCUCACCUAUAAACUGGGAGCGAGAGGGGACUCUCCCUGCAGCAGUGGCAAGACAGAGCACAGGCAGCCAAGGCUAGGAGGUUAAGUCCCUGGGAUCCCAGCAAAGACAGCAGGGAUGAGAGUGGCGGUGGUGGGCGCGGGUGUCAGUGGGCUGACUGCCACUAAGUGCUGCCUGGAUGAGGGGCUGGAGCCCACCUGCUUCGAGCGGAGCCAGGACAUCGGGGGGCUCUGGCGCUAUACGCUUGCUGGGUGCUGAACUCUCCCUGCUGCACCCCGGGGUACCAUGCCAGGAGCACAUCGAGGCUGGCCGGCCAAGCCUGUACCCAUCAGUCAUCAGCAACACCUCAAAGGAGAUGUCAGCAUUCUCCGACUUCCCCUACCCUGAGGACUUCCCAGUGUUCCUACCCAAUGCCAGGCUACUGGACUACCUCCGGCGCUAUGCUGAGCGCUUUGGCCUCCGGAAGCACAUCAAAUUUGAGACCACCGUUGUCAGCAUCCAGAAAUGCCCAGACUUUGCUACCACAGGACAGUGGGAUGUGGUCACAGAGGUGGACGGAAAGAAGACAUCACAUAUCUUCAAUGCCGUUAUGGUUUGCAGUGGCAAUUUCUAUGAGCCAUCCCUCCCCCUGCACUGUUUUCCUGGCAUCGAGAGGUUUCAAGGCCAGUACUUUCACAGCCAACAGUACAAGCACCCUGAUGUGUUUCAGGGAAAGCGCGUCCUCGUGGUCGGCAUGGGCAAUUCAGGAGUGGAUAUUGCAGUGGAGGCCAGUCGUGUAGCCACAAAGGUGACCAUUUGCACCAGCCAAGGUGCCUGGGUGCUCAGUCGUGUGUUUGACCAUGGCUACCCAUGGGACAUGGUUUUUAACACUCGCCUUAUGAGCCUGAUCAGAAACAACCUCCCCGGACCCCUUUCAUGGGGCUUGAUUAACUACAAGGUGAACCAGCGGUUCAAGCAUGAAAACUAUGGCCUUCAACCAGAGAAGAGACGCCUGGUGCGUGAGCCUGUGAUCAAUGACGACCUUCCAAGCUACAUCCUGACAGGGAGGAUCACCAUCAAGCCAAGUGUGAAGGAGUUCAAGGACAACACAGUUGUUUUCCACAACUGUCCUGAGGAGGAGCCCAUUGAUAUCGUCGUCUUCUGCACAGGCUACAAUGUCUCCUUCCCAUUCCUAGACGAAGCAGUCGUCAAGGUGGAAAACAAACACGCAUCCCUCUACGAAUAUGUGUUCCCAACCUGCCUGCAGAGGCCCACUCUGGCCAUCCUUGGGCUGAUCAAGCCACUUGGAGCCAUCAUGCCUGUGACAGAGAUGCAAGCACGCUGGGUGACCCGUGUCUUCAAAGGCUUGUGUCAGUUGCCUCCUCAGUCUGUCAUGGAGAAGGAAGUAUAUGAGAAGAGCAAAAACCAAGUACAAUGGUUUGGUCUGUCCUUUGACGAAGUCCUCAAAACCGAUUGCCUGGUCUACAUGGACAAGCUUGCCUCCUUCAUUGGUGUGAAGCCCAGCAUGAUGGAGCUGCUCUGCAGAGACCCCCAGCUGGCCCUCACCGUUUUCUUUGGCCCCUGCACCCCAUACCAGUACCGGCUGAAGGGCCCCGGGCGCUGGGAGGGGGCACGCCAGGCCAUCCUCACCCAGUGGGACCGGACCCUGAAGCCCACAAGAACACGAGUCCCUACUGGCAUCUCCAACCCCUUCCCUUCUCUCCUGAUGGUGGUGGGGUUCCUCCUGCUCAUGGCUGCCCUGUUGCUUUGUUUCCAGUAGAUUUUAGGGUCUUGUCUUGUCCCUGGGGAUGUUAUUUCAGGUUGCACGGCCCCACAGUGUGCCAUGGGACAAGGGGAAAGGAAUUUCAGCAGAUCACAACAAAUUAAAUAUUUCAACCAGCAGCACAAAACCUCUCUCUGUUCCAACUCUCUCCCAGCCACAGCUUUGCAGACCUGAUUACCUGGGGCUAGCAGCCUCUGCCCCUCUGCUGCUCUCCCACCUGCUGUGGUGAGCAGAGUAUGGAUGUGCCUGCACCAUGCUGGCCUGGAUGCAGUGAGGACAAGACUACUGAAAACAGCUUUGGGUGUUAGAUGGAAAGGAGCACAGGUGCCUAGCCCUGCCCCAAAUCACCUGGAAGUUGGGGUCUUUAGUCCAGCAAGGGGGUUUCUGGGCUGGGUCUGCAGGUCAGGUUGUCCCUUCCUCCAACCUUAAAUCCUAUUACUGAAAAAUCCCAGUUUGGGUUGAAUCAGUGCAACUUUCAGCAAAAGAGCCCUGGCUGUGGUGAUUUGUCACCCCUGAGACCAAGGCUGAUAUUCUGUAGGGCUGACCACUUCCAGCUCUGCUUCCCUGUGCUGCCCAGCACCUUCAGGACAAUCCUGGGACUUCGUUUUGUAUGCAGAGAGUAUUUCAAUCAAUAGAACCUCAUUGACUGUAGC